AUGAGCUGGAGGCCGGGUGCUGUGCUAGAGGGACGGAGCAUCUUCCUUUUUGUCUCCUCCUCCCUAAUUCUCACUUGUCCUAUUUUAGGCGCUGCUUCCAUGAAGAUACAAGCUUAUUUCAAUAGCACUGCAUGCCUGCCGUGCCCACAUUCAAAGGCUCAGAACAUGAGCCUGAGCGAGCUAGUCGUAUUUUGGCAGGACCAGAAACAGCUGGUUCUGUAUGAGCACUAUCUGGGCAGAGAGAAAUCUAAUAGCGUGAAUGCCAAGUACCUUGGCCGCACGAGCUUUGAUGAGCAUAACUGGGCUUUACGGCUUCCCAACGUUCAGAUCACGGACAUGGGCUCAUAUGACUGCUAUAUCCAACAAAAAAGACCCACGGGAUCCGUCAUCCUCCAGCAGACAAACAUGGAGCUGUCGGUGGUCGCUAACUUCAGUGAACCUGAAAUAGAGUUGGCUCAGAAUGUAACGAGAAAUUCUGGCAUAAAUUUGACCUGCUCAUCUGAGCACGGUUUUCCAAAACCUAUGAAGAUGUAUUUUUUGAUCAUUAACUCAACUAAUAAGCACGGCGACGACAUGGAGAUAUCACAAGACAACGUCACAGAACUAUUCAGCGUCUCCACCAGCCUGUCGCUCCCAUUCCCAGAGGACGUGUACAAUGUGACCAUCUGGUGUGUUCUGGAAACCAAGUCGAUGAAUAUUUCCUCCAGACCCUUCAGCAUAG